GUUCUCCCCCAUAAUCCUUUCCUUAAUUUGAAAUUUCCUUUGUACCACAGACUCACUCGACGACUUGCAGAGGAAAAAAAAGAAAAAGAAAAAUGAAGAUCUUCAACUGGGUACACAGGAGGUUUCAUCAUACCGUCCUCAAGGAUGGGUUAGCUGGGAAUGUGAAAACAACUGAAUCGACUACAAAUGGCAUUGACAAGCAGGCGUUACUCAAACAAGUUGCCCUUGUUGAUGUGCUUGAUGGUUGGGGGGAUGGCAUUCUAACAAUUGGAACGUUCGGGCUGGAUCCUCUAAAACCCUUCAACCAACAGAAGGAAUAUUUGAUUUUGCAAAGUGAGGAAGAGGAUGAAGAGGCUGAGGUAGAACAAGACUCGGUGGACGGUGGUGAUGGCAGCAACGACAAUGUCGAACAUGAAGAACUGGACCCAUUGAUGUUCACAACAUAUGGACACAAUUUUGAGGAUUUUGAAUCAAAUCCUGAUCAUCAUGACAAUGUCCCUAGACCUGAUGUCAUCAUGACUGUUGAUGGUGUAUCUCUAACUCCAUUCAUGGGGUCUGCGGAACCCAGCGUUCAGUUGGACGAGGAAGGCGAGCGAAAGAAAAAGAAAGGAGAAAGAAUAACUCUGGCUGAUCUUUUCUUGGCUGAUGCAGAUGUGAAAGGAAAACUUGAUCCUGACAAAUCCCUCCCAGAUUCGGGUAAAACACCAGUUCUUCGAACCAAGAAUGGCCUCUCAUUUGCCAAGAAGUUUAUUCCUCGUGUUAAAGAGGAUUCACGUCCGAUCAAAAAUCUGCAACGACUGGUGAAAAGAAUGUUGAAAAGGAAGAUCCAUCCAGAGUUUGAUGUGAAGAUGCAGAAAUCAGAUGGCCAGAAGCCUGGUGCAGUAGGACUUAUCACCAAUGGCGAACAUGGGGCCUCUGACUCGGCUACUCUGCUUUCAACUCAAGGUGCUACAGUCUGAGAUUUAAGUAAUGGCCUGGUUUCCUAGAAAUGUGUUUUUGUUAUUGCUAUGUAAAAUAAUUUUUCAAGGACCAUGUGGAUUAGGUUUUCUUGUAUUUGAACUAUUGGGUAUGUAUUUAUGUUUUGUGACUUUCUUCUA